GUGGCUCUCUUUGGUUUGAGCGAACCGGGCGAGUAGCAAACCAGCCAACGCCAGCGAGUCUGUGGAGGACAGAAAAUUUAUGAAAAAGCACACACAAUGCAAAGUAAAUGACGUGUUUAAACUAUAAACGUAGAGUAUUUAGUGCCAGUGAGCCGCAAAGUGUUUAACAUCGUCGAAAAGUGCGCGUGGUAUGGUGAAGGAGUUAGUUGCAGAAAUUCGCAUCGGCGAGUCACAAAUAACAGCGGCCCCAUCACCGAGUAGUAAACUAGCCAACGCCGACGAGUCUCUGGCCAAUGUGGUGCAGCCCCCCGCUACCCGUGAGCACCCUUCCUCCAUCCGCUAACGCGCAAAUAUAUGCGGACGACAACUAGUUGUAGUGGGCAGCCUUUGUGGAAGCAGCAGGCGAAAAUUGUGCAAACGCCAAACAAGGGUAGCGCAUAAAAGUUAAUUAGCAGUGCAAGCGAAGCUGCGUUGUGUGUUCAGGCACCCAUCCGAUCCAAGGCACAGCACAGCCUUUGCGGCAGUGAUGCAGCAGCAGCUGCGCCAACUAUCGAGAUUCUAGUUAUUGUUGUUGUGGUUUUUGCACCCACCACACGUAACUAGAGCACACAGACACACACCACACACACACACAACACAUACACACAGACAACACACAAACAGAAGAACUCUGUUUAGAGGGUAUCAUCCGCGUCCAUCCAUACAACACACACACACAUCCAUUGGCAGUAGAUGCAGCAGCAAAAACAUUGGAAAUGAUUUGUAAACAAGACGUCCUGCUGUGGUUUGAGAAACUCGAGAGCUACAAUCGCAUUGAAACGAUGUACGCACUGCUCACCGCCUGCCUGCCGUUCGAGCUACGCUUCCUGGGCACGUUGCUCGAGGAACAGGGCAGAUGCGACUCGGAGACGCUGCGCGGAAUGGAGCUGCGGGCCAACAAUCCCCAAGAGCUGGCCGCCGAUAUGUUCACCUGCCAGAAGGGCGAUCCAACCGACAGGAAGAUACGCCGCAAAAUGGCCCUCUACCUGGCCCUGAUUCGUGUCUGCAACCGGAACUGUGUGAGCGAGAUCUAUCGCACGCUCGAGUGCUGGGGAGAGUGUGAUUUUGGGUGCAUCAAUGACCAGGACACGCUUCUGGAGCUGCUGCUUGUCUACACAAUGGCCGCCAUUCAUCCAGUCUUCUCGAUGGAUGAGCAGAAGAAGAUCUUUGGGAUACUGGGCAAGAUCAAGGAGAACAAACUGGUGUCGGAUAACUUUCCGCAAGCGCAAAUGGAACAGCCACAGACACAGUCCCAUCCACAUCCACCGCACCCGCACGCGCCGUCCCAGCAUGAUUUGAUAAUGCAACAGCAGCAGCAUCAACAACAACAGCAGCAGCAGCAGCAGCAUGUGAUGCAUCAAAUACAGGCCCAGCAGCAGCAUCCACAGAUGGUCCAGGUAGUGCAGACGCCGCAGGGCAAUAUACCAAUGAUAUUCCCCCAACAUUUUCAAAAGCUUGUGCCUGGGACCGAUGGAACACACCAGAUAAGCGUCGAUGGCGUGCCACACAUGAUGCAAUCGAAUAUCACCAUUCCAGCGGACACAAGUGCCAUACUCGGCCACCAGAACACGGCCGCCGCGUGGUCAAUGCGUCACUACGCACCACCGCCACAUCCGCAGGCUGCUGCUCAACAGCAGCAGCAGCAGCAGAACCUUGAUCAUCAUGUGCCUCCAGCCUCAAGUUCGCCGAUGCUGAGCCAGCAGUCCUCCCCGUCAAGCAGCCGCACGACGAGUCCUCAGCGCUCCAACGUUCCACUGCAGUCGCAGCAAAUGCGCAACUUGUCACAACGUUUGACCGGCCACAAGCAUCAUGCGGCGCGGCGUCCCUCAACAGAGACCACGCCGCCGCCCUCUUCCAUUAGCGGGGAGCUGCAGCACGAGAAUAUUAACGAAGGCGGCAGCAGCAGUUCCAGUGGCACGAGUCUUCCCAGCCUGAUACGCAACGGUUUCCAGCGGCCCGCACAUCAUCAUCGAGUCAAGGCGAACGCCUACAUACCGCCCCAUCAGCAGCAGCAGCAGCAUCAACAGCAGCAGCAGCAGCAGCACUUUCAGAACAACGCUUACAUGAACAGCCUGAUGCAGAACAUGAGCAUGAAUGACGAUGGGAGCGGCUCGGUGACGAAGAGUGUUGCCACCACUGGCAGCGAAUCGGGCAGCUCGAAUGGCUCUUGCGGGGACAUAUCCCCGCCAGAGACACCAACGCCGCAUCCACUGCCAUUGCACAGCACAGUGGGCAAUCCCGGCAUGGGCAUGGUCACGACUGUCGUGCACAGCGGCAUGGGAGGAGGCUACCAGCAAAAGCACCAUCUCACCUAUAAGCAGCAGCAGCAGCAAAUGAACCUGCAGCAGCGACUGAACGGACGCAAUGGGAUGGAGAAGAGCUACCAGCAGAUCUACACAACGGGUACGCCGAGCAUUGUUAGCGAUGCCCAGACGAUGAGCAGCGGGAAUAUGCAGCAGCAGGCGCUGCUUAUCAGCCCGUCUCCGGUAAGCACGCCCACGACUACGGUCCUGCUGCAGCAACAGCCACAGCAGCAGCCCCCACCACCCACAGCCUACAAUGCAGCCUCCUAUCCAUAUCACACACGAGGACCCCCGCCGCAGCAGACGAUAUUCCAGGCGCAUAAUGCACCGCCACCGCCGCAAUCUGUUCGUGGCGGCUACCGGUUUCCCAUGGCUCCGGUUUCCCACAACGGCGAGCUAAUCUAUCCGGCGUUUCACACGAGCCUUGCCUUCCUGCCGGUACCCGGCACUGGUGGUACGCCCACAGCCGUCACGCCGCCCCAGCUGCAGAAUACUGCCGCUGUGGUAAGCACGAAUGCUGUGGCGGUACAGACGCAAACGCCCCAGCAGCAGCAACUGCCGACCACGCCGCCGUACAGUGCGCUGACCGUUUGCCCCAUCACUGGGGUGGGCGGCGGCGGAGCACCGAAGAUAUCCUGCUACAAUUGCGGCUCGCAGACGCACAUUGGACGGGACUGUCAGGAGGCGUCUAUGGAGGAUGUGACGCGCAGCGCCAGCUAUAAGCUGGACUACUCAGAGACUCAGAGCAUAGAGGCGAACUCCAUAGGUGAUCACAGCAACAAGGAUAUGGGCAGCAUUCAAAUGAACUCGUCGGUGACAUCGCCGACGGCGUCAACGGUGCUGUCCACGGCGGCGGCGGUGACGAGCAUCGGGAAAUAGCAAGGUGUGGGUAAAUCCAGAGUAAGCUUAAAGUCUAUAUAUACGGACCUAUAUGGAGGAGCAUAAUUACGUACGUCUAUAUUAAUGUUUAUACAUAAUCCUUAUCUACUUAUACUGAGAAUACCAUUUAUUAUGAUUGUGUAGUAGUGCGGAAAUCAAAUUUCUCGCCCUUACCACGUCUCCUAGUUUUUUAUAAGAGCCUCUCAAUUCGCGUUAUGGAGCAUCGGAAUAGGAAUACGGGUCGGAAUAAUAGUCGCGCUGCCUAAACACUUGACAAACCUUAUCCAGCCCCCUUCCUCCCUUCCCUCCUCCACACAUAUAAGAAUAAUUUAAACGCGCUCCAACCCGACACAGCCCACACCCCUUCCCUCCACUGCCCUUCCCACCACACACACACACACACACACAGAUAGUCGAUAACGAAUUUUAGUCAUAUGCCACUUUGAAUAUUUCUAAUAUUAAGUUGAAUGUACAACAGCAAUAAGUAAACAAAAUAAUCCUAAUCUACGUUAUGCGGUUCGCACUGCCGCAGGAAGGAAGGGAGGAUCGGAUCGGUUCGGUUCGGAUCAUUCGG